UUUAAUUCUGCAGGUGCUGGAAUUUUCGGUCAUCUCUCGGAUUCAAAACUAGGAAGAAAAGGGUCCCUCACAGUGGUCUGCAUUCUGAACGCCAUAUUCGGAAUCUCCACAGCAUUUUCCCCCAACUACUGGAUCUACACACUCCUCCGCUUCCUCACCGGAUUCAGCACCGGCGGCGUCGGCCUCUGCGCCUUCGUCCUCGCCACCGAGCCCAUCGGCCCCACCAAGCGCGGCAUCGCCGGAAUGUCCACCUUCUACUUCUUCUCCGCCGGCAUCGCCCUCCUCUCCGCCAUAGCCUACGCCUUCAAAUCAUGGCGCCAUCUCUACAUCGCCUCCUCUGUUCCCUCCUUCCUCUUCCUCUUCCUCGUCCUCCCCUUCAUCUCCGAGUCCCCCAGAUGGUUCCUCGUCCGCGGCAGAGUCACCCAUGCCACCAAUUUGAUGUCCGCCAUCGCCAAAUCCAACGGCCGCCACCUCCCCGACGCCGCCAUUCUCGCCCUCGACGACGACAUCUCAAAACAGAGCACCCAAAUCGAGGAAACCGCCCAAUCCGGCUCUUUAAUCGACGUAAUCCGCUCACCCAUCACGCGAAUUCGGCUGAUUCUGGCCGUGGCGAUCAAUUUCAUGUGCGCCGUCGUGUACUACGGGUUGAGCCUGAACGUGGUGAAUCUCGACACCAACAUCUACCUGACCGUGGCGGUGAACGCGGUGGCGGAGAUGCCGGCGUUUCUGUUCACAGCGGUGCUGCUGGACCUCUGCGGCCGGAAGCCGCUGGCGAUCGGGACGAUGUGGUUCAGYGGCGGGUUCUGCCUCGCCGGAAGUCUGAUGAAGGGGGCCGGGAAUUGGAAAAUAGUGAGGAUGGGGUGUGGGGUGUUGGGGAUAUUUGGGAUGGCGGGGACUUACAAUCUGCUGUAUAUCUACACGGCGGAGCUGUUUCCGACGGUGGUGAGGAACGCGGCGCUGGGGAGCGCGACGCAGGCGUCGCAGAUGGGGGCGAUAUUGGCGCCGUUCGUGGUAGUGCUCGGCGGCGGGCUGCCGUUCGCGGUGUUCGCYGGGUGCGGGAUUGUGGGCGGGGCGCUGGCAUUUUACUUGCCGGAGACGCUGAAUAAGCCGUUGUACGAUACGAUGGGCGGCUUGGAAGAUGGGGAGCAACGGGAUUGCUUAUUGAGUGUCUGAUCAGAACUUUGGAAUUGAAAUUGUGAGAGUUUUCGGAAUUGGGGAAUCUUUGUGGGUUUUAUAUGCUUCUUGUUUUUCAGGUGUUUGAAAAACAAUUUUGUUGAUACUCCAUGGUGUCUGAAAGAUUUGCUUAUAAAUAAGAAAAAAAAAAG